UUUAAUAUAAGAUAGUAUUUAGUUCAAACAUUUCAUAUUAUGAACAAUGUUAUUAUUAACUAAUUAACUAUUAUUCAUUAAUGAGCCAAUUAACAUUGUUAAUUGCUGGAGAAACUAGAAUUGGUGACUAUUAAUAACUAAUCAUGUUCUUUUCCAUAUUAAUGUGUUUUAAGAUCUAACUAGAAAUCAGGCCAAAAUAUUGCCACAUGCACACACAGAGUAAACAAAUGUUCUAAUGUUUCUACCACAUAAUCACAGAGUGUCUGUGGGGAAUAUGAGUAAAUCAUUGAGUACUCUCGAACUAUCCCAAACUGCUCUUGCCUGAUACAUUUUUUCCUAUCCAGUCCUCUUGAAGUCUUUAUGACCUGACUCCUCUCUAUCUUGGAUGCAACUUUGUCUUUUAAGUAACCAUUAAUUGAACCGAGCGUUAUAGAAAAGGUAGAUUAUGUGGUAGUUAAAAGCUAAAAAGGUUGUGUAAUAUCUCUUUCCAGUUUAUUGUUUAUUGGGAUAAUCUUCAUCCUGGGAGAAGACAACAACCCGAUCUAAGCUCCCAGGCCUCCGGAUGAAAUGACCGAUCAAAUAUGUGCUAAAAUAUCUUGGAACCUCUUAUUGUAACCUUGCCCCUGAUGUUCUGGUGGAUCCGCCUCCUCGGGACAUCUUCUUCCUCACUCUUCCUCCUCCAACUCUGCAACUCUAAUACAUGAUGUUAGAUUCAGUCCUCUCGGCUGGUACACACAAAUAAAUAUAUCCAGCAGAGGUGCAGUUCCCAGCAUGAGAUUACAGUCAGUAUUAGAUCAGGUUAAGCUCCUCUGACCUGGACCUCAGCCUUUUGCUUCUUCUUUACAAGGGUCAGUGCUCCCGGGGGAGGUUCUAAUAGUCAAUAAUGGGUCUUAUUCAUAAAAAACACAACAUUCACCAUUCAAAAUGUUCUCUUUAAUACCUCUUAUCUGCUUCCAAGCCAUUUGAUCACACUCCUCAGUGUGUGGUAGCUCAGCUUAUGUGUACUGCUACAUAUGCCUUGUAGCAGUAUUUGAAUUGUGUCAGGCACCCGGGUAUUAUCCCUAUGUGAGGUGUCCAUCUUCCAGAUAGAUGUGCUAACACUCCUACAGUGUGUAUAAUGCGUGAACAUUUUGUACUAAAAGAUUGUAAGAUCAAUGAACACUGAAUGGAAAAUUAAAAGGUUGGGAUAAAGUUGGAAGACAUCACAAUUUCACUGAUAUCACAAAUUCAUUAUUUAUUGAGAGCUAUUAUUUCCUGAACUAUGGCUUAUGUUACAGUAACUUUCAAAAGAAAAACUUAUAUCUAAAUUACAUGUGGAGAAAGAGGUAGAAGUAUCGUAUCGUAAACGCUUUGUGAGUACCUGCUGAAUGUGUCCUACAUCGAGGUUGAAUGGAUUUGGAUCUGGAUCUAUUACAACCCAAUAAAAACAAAAAAACUAUCACAUCCUGCACACAUUCUCAUCUCAAAAUAAUUCAUAGUAACUGAUAAACUGAGUGGAGAACAAAUACUUAUACUCUGUUUUAAUUUAUUUUAAAUAUUGGUUUGUAGUCUGAUUUUAUAGCUAAAACAGAAAAAUAAUGGCAUGGCCUGUUAGUUUUACCACAUAAUCUUAUCAAAUAUCCGUUUACACUACAUUCACUUAAGGCAUAUUAAAAUAGUUCUUUACUGUUAAGCAGUGUGAUUGUUUAUUAUCAACCUUAAUAUUUAACUGUGCUGAUAUUGUUAGUGUUCUCUCUAAUUAAACACUAUCUGUCAUAUUUUCCACGUACAUUACACAUAAUAGCUCAAUAUUGGUAUGUUGCUGUAGUCGUGCAUAACAGGCUGAAUCAGUCCCAUUUAUCUGUAUCUCUAUGACAGCGAUACUAUUACCUCCAUCACCCCAUUGAAUACAAUAGGUGAUCAGCCGGCUACAACAGGUUGCAACAGAAAAAUGCCAACUUUGUUAUCAAUUUAAACAUUUGAACAGUCCAAUGCUGCCAGGAUAUGACAGCACAAGUACCUGUUACCAUUAUAUCGAAACAUUUUUUCAAACCAAAACGAAAGAGGAUGAAAGGUACAUAAAGGUAUGAAGUCAGAAGCUGAAUUCAUGUCGAUGUUCAGCAGCUCAACACAUUUACAUGGUAGACUUUGUCUACUGUCUAUAGUAGAUUGAACAGCUGAGAUCUUCCUUCCACCAUGUUUUUGAAAAAAAAUACCUGUUUGCUGGUGGUUCUGUUGUGCUCUCUGACCUUGUGGUGCAAGUCAACCAGCGCAGGCUCCAGCUUCCUCAGCCCUUCACAAAAACCUCAGAGCAGAGGCAAGUCUUCCAGGGUCGGCCGCCAAACCAUGGAGGAGCCCAGUCAGCCCACUGAGGACAACCACAUCACAAUAAGUGCGCCCUUUGAAAUUGGCGUCACUGUGAGAGAAGAGGACUUUGAGGAGUACGGUGUAGCGCUGCAGGAGAUCAUUCAGCAUCUGCUGGGGAACGGGGACACAGCAGAGACACCACCACAACUUUGAAGAUCAUGAUCACAAAUUUCUAAUCUUGUCUCAGUGCCUUUAAUAUUUAACUAUAUUAGAUAGUGAAAACAUGCUGGUCUCUUUCAAAUAUUAAUGUAUUAUUUAGCUCUUCAUUGUUACUCAGACUGGGAGCUAAUUAAGUUACAGUUUGUACCACUAAAUGUUAGAAACAUGACUGAUGUCCAGGCCUGCCAACUGUUUGGGUUAAACCAUGAAUGUCUAAAAUUUGGCAAAAUAAUUUGAACACAGGGUAGUUUUGUAGCGUUCAACCAAAUCCCAGUCUUCAUCAGUGGUUCAGCUGUCAUCACAUGACCCUUCUUUGUCAUCAGAGACCAACAUGUGCUCUUAAAAAUAAAGCAUCAAUUAAC